AUGUCAUUGGCUCACUCGGGUUCACAGGCAACAGCAACUGCCUUGCAUGAACGGCAGUCAUCGGCUGUUGCUGCUGCUGGUGCUGCUGGUGGUGGUGUUGCUGCCACUCCAGCGACAGCUCCCGGGCAAAAGUCGAUCACUCCACGGUGGAUUUUUAAUUCGGAAGAGUUGAGAAAUGUUGCUAGCGUGCGAGAGGGUAUGCCACCUGAAGAAGAACUGAAUAGACGACGCGUAGCGGCAAGUACAAUCCAUCAGAUGGCCGAUCGGCUGAACCAUGAAUCACGCGUCAGAAUAUCGCAGCUGUGUAUCUGUGCUGCAAUGAUGCAUAUGCAUCGAUUCUUCGUUUUUCAUUCGUUCUUCAAGUUUGAUCCGCGGGACAUUGCGGCUGCAUGCCUGUUCCUCGCCGGCAAGUCAGAAGAAUGUCCGCGAAAGCUGGAUCACGUUGUGCGUAUUUGGUGGUCCGUCAAAUUUCCACAUUGGCCGAACAUUGAUCACACUGUUAGUUUGACCUCGAAUGUCAAAACAUUCGAUAGCGAUGAUAUCAGUUAUUUUCAGCGUUUAUACGAAGCGUCUCAGCUGAUCGUAACACUGGAGAAUCUCGUACUGCAAACAAUUGACUGGUAUGAUGAUGGUUCUAAUAAAGAACUGUUGGCAGCAUUCGAUCUAUCGGUGGAUAUACCACAUCCGUAUGUGCUGAUGCAUAUGCAGAAAUUUGCAAGAGUCUGUGGAGAUUUGAGGACUGUUGUUUACAUAACUCUAAUAGAAACUUUGUUGAGUGUGGGCAUAACGGGCGAAGCACCAGUGAUGAACAAAAAUCGGGUAUUUAAAGGCAAUGAAUAA